GCAGUCCUCCUCUCCCCCAUAAUUCUACUCAAUCCCUUCAUCACAACCCCCAUUUCUUUGUCUCAUUUCCUUUGCCAAAAAUUCAUCAAUGGAGGAGAAAUGGUGGUUUGUUUUUGUAUUUUUUGCAUCUCUUUUAUUUGCGAGGUCCAAGUUCAAGUCCCGGUCCAAGUCCAAUCUCCCUCCAGGGCCAAGUACAUUUCCGAUCAUCGGAAAUUUGUUAUGGUUGCGAAAAUCUUUUUCAGAACUCGAGUAUGUGGUAAAGAGUCUGCAUGAAAAGCAUGGUCCGAUUGUGAGCCUCCCCUUCGGGUUUAACCCGGCCAUCUUUGUGGCUGGUAACUCCUUGGCUUACCAAGCUCUAGUCCAAAACGGAGCCGUUUUUGCCGACCGCCCUCCCCUACCCAUCACCAGCAAGAUCAUGGCCAGCAGCCAGUGCACCAUAAGCUCCGCCCCCUACGGCCCCGCCUGGCGCCUCCUCCGCCGCAAUCUCACCUCCGAGAUCCUCCACCCCUCGCGCGUGAGGCUAUACUCCCGCGCCCGGAAGUGGGUCCUGGACAUUCUCGUCGCCGGCCUCCGCCAGGAGGCCGAAGGCCGGGACAACGUGGUUUUAGUGGUGAAGCACUUCCACUUCGCCAUGUUCUGCUUGCUGGUUCUCAUGUGCUUCGGCGACGACCUUGGGGAAGCCAAGAUCAGAGAGAUUCAAGCCAUGGAGAGUCGAGUCCUUCAGAGUUAUCACAACUUUAAAAUCCUCAAUUUCUUCCCGGCGAUCGGAAAAUUCUUGUUCCACAAGCGGUGGGAGAAGUUCAUGCAGCUGAGGAAGGAUCAUGAGGACGUGCUCAUCCCUCUGAUUAGAGCUCGGCAACCCUGCGAGAAGACGGAAACGGUGAGCAAACCAAAUCCAUCCAUAACGUGCUACGUCGACACUUUACUGGACCUGCAACUCCCGGACGAGAAGAGGAAGCUCACAGAAGGGGAGAUGGUAAGCUUGUGCUCGGAGUUUCUCAACGCCGGCACCCACACCACGGACGCUCCGCUGCAGUGGAUCAUGGCGAACCUGGUGAAGUACCCGCACAUUCAGGCCAAGCUUUUCGAGGAAAUUAGCGGGGUUGUGGGGGAAGGAGAGGACGAAGUGAAGGAGGAAGAUUUGCAGAAGAUGCCAUACUUGAAGGCGGUGGUGUUAGAGGGUCUCCGGCGGCACACUCCGGCCCACUUUCUGGUACCGCAUGCAGUGACCAAAGACGUGAUAUUAGAUGGGUAUGUGAUCCCAAAGGACGCCAAAGUAUUCUUCAUGGCAGCUGAAAUGGCGUGCAAUCCCGAGGUGUGGGAAGGCCCAAUGGAGUUCAAGCCGGAGAGGUUCUUGAACAGCAAUAAUAAUGGUGAAACAUUUGAUAUAACUGGUAGCAGAGAGAUAAAGAUGAUGCCGUUUGGUGCAGGGAGGAGGAUAUGUCCAGGGUAUGGUUUAGGUUUGCUGCAUUUGGAGUAUUUUGUGGCGAACUUGGUGUGGAAAUUUGAAUGGAAGGCUGUGGGUGAAGACGGAGUUGAUCUUUCAGAAAGGCCUCUUGUGUCUCUGCUACCAACCACCAUGAAGAACCCGUUGCAGGCUCGCAUUUCUCCAAGGUUAUCAGCCAGGACUGCAAUGGAGUAAUUGCACACCUGUCCACCAUAUUUUGAUGGUGUACUACUACUAAUAAUAAUUUAAUAAGAACAAUGAUGAUGAUAAUUCAUGGGAGGUGCUUGCAUGAGUGGGUUAUGAUAUGUGUUUUUGUAUAUUAGUACGUCGUAGUGGGGAUAUGAGCCUUUUAUGUAUGAGAUCAUAAAUUCAGAAUGA